UGGCGUCAUCUCUUUAUGGUGUGUAUGUCAGCUUUCGUUCGGGAUCUGUCAAUUCCAUGAUACCUGUCCAAAAUAAUAUGGCCGUCAAAUCUAUCAGUUGUGCUAAAUCAUUCCUGAAAAAUAUUUAGCCAAAAAUAAACAUCGGUGCGUAAUUAUCGGCGAAGAAACCAAUUGUUUAACUUUUUAAGACUAUUGUAGUAAGAAUUAGAAAGGGCAAGAUGAAAAUUACACUGAAGAAUCUGCAACAGCAGACUUUCGUCGUGGAGAUAGAGCCGACAAAAACGGUGAAAGAGCUGAAGAGGAGGAUCGAAACGGAAAAAGGGAAGGAGUAUCCGUGCGAGAAUCAAAGACUGAUCUAUGCAGGUAAAAUACUUACCGAUGAGACUCCACUGGCAGAAUACAGCAUCGACGAGAAAAAGUUUAUUGUGGUUAUGGUGACAAAACCCAAACAACCUGAGAAGACAGAGAGCGGAGAUGGAAAUACAAGUACCCCAGCCGCAACGACGACAGCACAACCCCCUGCCGCAGCCACUCAACCGGCGGCGGCUCCAGCGUCAACGCCUGCACCGACCACUCCCUCUACAGAUUCUGCAACCACCGGCCAGGCCACGCCUCCUGGUGCCGCCCAAGCGCUCAGUAGUGCGGCUGCGGAAUCCGCCCUUCUUAUGGGGGAGGAGUAUGAGAAUAUGGUGCGGAACAUCACCGAUAUGGGAUAUGCUCGCGAUCAGGUGGAAAGGGCGCUAAGAGCUAGUUUUAACAAUCCAGAUCGAGCUGUAGAAUAUCUUAUUACUGGUAUUCCCGUCGUAGAUGAGCAAGAAGCGGUGCAAGAAUCGGCCGACAUGUCAUCGGUAGACGAACGUGAAUCAGACGCAAACGAUCCGCUGGCCUUCCUGCGUCAACAGCCGCAAUUCCAGCAGAUGCGCCGCGUCAUCCAACAGAACCCGCAGCUGCUGAACGCCGUCCUGCAGCAAAUCGGCCAGACGAACCCUGCUUUGCUGCAACUGAUCUCGCAGAAUCAGGAGUCGUUCGUGCGGAUGAUAAACGAGCCGGGCCAAGGGGGCGGAGCUACCGUUGGAGGCGGGGCACUGCCAGCGCAGGCGGCGCAAGGUGGUGGAGGCGGCGGCGGUGGUACUCCGGCUACAGGGGUUCCUGCAGGAGUUGGAGGCCUUCCCCAAGGCAUGAUACAAGUGACGCCCCAAGACAAAGAUGCGAUCGAGCGGCUAAAAGCCCUAGGAUUCCCCGAGCAUCUCGUUGUGCAGGCGUAUUUUGCUUGCGAGAAGAAUGAAAAUCUAGCAGCCAAUUUCCUUUUAUCGCAAAAUUUCGAUGACUAGGCCAUUUUCAAAACACAUCCAUCUCCCAUCAAAGUAUACCUAUAUAUACCACUGGCAAAACGGUUUUUUGUCAUCUCUUACCUAUCUUGUGUGGAAGAAGAGCUAGCUGGUGAGCCCAAAUGUAACAGAAACCUAACUCUAUAUAUAAACGGUAGGUAACGGUAGAUGAAAAAAUCGUAUUGUCAGUAUGGUUACAUAGUUACGUUUUUUUGAUCGAUUUUAAUGUCGUUUUUUCCCUGGUUGAUUGUAAAUGAGAAGGCAAAUACGCCCGUACCCGGUAUUGGGUAUUUAAAAGUACCCGAACAACAAACUGAUUUCUUCGAGUUACUGACAGCUGAUGGAAAUUUUGGAGAGAUAUAACGUGUAUUAACAAUUUUAUACAUUGAAAUUUUUGCAGUCUGGAAGAUAUUUUCCAGAAAUAUCAUCCCAAAGCCGUGUAUAUGCCUGUUUGCCUUGAAACGGGUGGAAUUCAGGUAUAGGUGCAACAUUUUAAAAACCAUUGAAAAUCCACAAAAUAGUUGAUUCUCUGUAGUGCACUUGUUGAUACCCAGAUUCUGCCUUAGAUUGCCUAUUCGCCUAAAAAAACCUUUACUAGUUCAAUAGGGUCCAAAUGUUGCCAGAUGUACUGCAAUUUAUCAGCCAUUAUUCUUUAUUUAUAUGUAUUGCAUAUAACUGGCAAACUGGACAGUUGCUUUAUUUAAAGUGAAACGGAGGGGGAGGACAAAAUUAAGUAAAUCAAAUAUACAUUUAUACGAAAAUUUUAAUAAAUAUUUUAAAGUGGAGGAAUUGAAGGACACGUUAUGUAUAUUUUAGUGGUUUGUAAUAAACUUGCUCAAAAAAAAAUUUGUUUUGCCUGCUUUUUAUGUUCUUACAUUCAUAAGAAUACAUUAUGAAGAGGAUAUCAAGUAUAACGUAAAUGUUAUACCGAAACAUUUGUUUCAUAAGUUUUUUGCCUGGUUCCGGUUUUCUUAGUAAGAAACUAGAUGGUUACGUUGAAUGGCAUAAACAUAUAAAGACUUCAUAUUAUAAAAAUUACUCGAAUUUUGGACUUCAUCGGUUUUGUUACAAUUUUGAAUGCAUACAACAAGGUCUUUCGAAGAAGAUGAAUUUCUUACAAAGAAUGAUUUUUAAAACUGGGAUUCAUCUGCGCAAUUUUAGUGAUACAGCACAAUUUUUGUAGGUAGAUUUAUUUACACCUGUCAUGUUUACAUUGUACUUUAUAGCAUUUAUAUUAUUGAACACCUUCAUUAGGUUCAUAAAUUUUCAUCAUGUAUCACAAAAUUCCAUAAAAAACGCGUUGUACAGGGUGGCCGAUAUGUAACUGACUGGUUUGUGACCUGUCCUAUUUUUUUCAUCUUAAUCUUUUAUUUAAACUUAGAAAUUAUGUAGUAUGAAAAAUAAUAUCAGACCAUAGUCCGCCUCUAGAAGCCGCGCAAGCCUGAGCCCUCAUGAUUACAUUUUUCAUCACUUUUUGGUAGGUUUCGGGGGGAAUAUUUUCAAUCGCUUCCGUAAUAUUGUUCCUCAGCUGCUCUGCAGUAUUUAAUCUGUACUUUUCAAAAAUCCCCAAAAAAAAGUCAGGAGCCGUUAAAUCCGGUGACCUUGAUGGCCAGUUGACAUCACCAAAUCGAGAAAUCAAACGUCUUGGAAAUAUUGUUCGCAAAAGACUCAUUGUUUCCCUAGCUGUGUGACAAGUUGCUCCGUCCUGCUGGAACCCCAUGUUUUGCAGGUUAAAUUGUUGGAUUUGAGGUGCCGGAAAGUUUUGCACCAUAUCACGGUAGCGCUCUUCAGUGACAUUAAGAGAAUUACCUACAGCGUCUUCAAAGAAGUAAGGUUCAAUGACACCCCCAUACCAAACACCGCACCAAACUGUGACUCGACGAGGAUGUAGUGGUGUUGAUGGAUGACACGAGUGUUCUCUAAUAACCAGAUACGACAAUUCUGCUUAUUAACAAAUCCGUUCAUAUCGAAGUGGGCUUCAUCGCUUAUUAUCAGUUGUCGGUAAAAAUCGUUAUUUUGGGUAUUAAGCUGCAAUAUUGCAUGAAUAUAUUGUCGGCGAAUUUCAUGGUCACUAAGGCUGUAGUUUUUCGGUUAACCGAAUUUUAUAUGGGCACAAAUGCAAGUCUUUUUUUUAAUAUAAAAUAGUGCAUAAUGACGUGCGACGAAUACCUAGUUCUUGAGAACGAUGUCUUGUAGACGUCUCGGGUCGCUCCACUACACUUUAGUAGUAGUUCGAAAACGGCACGACCAUGGCAAGUCUUUAGCUGUACCUGUUUGUUCUAAUUUCCGCACCAACUAACACUUGGCACAUUAUUUCGACCGAAAUCGUGGUAGCUUCCGAUACGUGGCAACAAUCGACUCAUUAUUUAAGUAACACGUUUUAACAAUACGGACGCGUUGUGGGAUCGUUAGCGCUCCAUGAUGAAUUGGUCACAUGUGCUUUAAACAACUACUACGGCGCCAUUUCUGCGUGUAUCAAAUGUUGCGCACAGUUUAAAUCGGUCAGUUAUAUGUUGACCACCCUGUACUUAUAUUACUACUCAAAUUUUAUUGUGUGAGAUGUGUAUUCCAGCAAUUAUUGAAAUCAGAAAUACAUCAUCAAGAUGGACAGCAAAACAAAUAGUUUUGCUGGCUGAUCGUCAUUUGUACAUACAACACCUAGAAUUGCAAAAGAAGUAAAAUCACGACUGGGUUUUUCGAGUCUACAAUGAAUUGAUCGGCUAGGUUUUUUUGGUGGAUGGACAGUCUAUAGACUCAUGUUUUUUCUUUUCUUGUUAUUGUGUCGAUGAGGUUUGUAUUGUAAUUUGCUGUAUAUAGGCUCAAAAUAGAAAAGUACUGCUGCUUGGAGGUUUAAAUUUUUAUUUGUAAUUGUAAUAUAAUUAUAUAUUUUGGAAUCAAGUAAUGUUACAGGUAAAUAUAGUCAUAAAGGUAAUUUGUUUUUCAUUUUAUCCAGGCUAAAUAAUAUGGUAGUGUUAAUGCAUUGCAGUCAACUUUUUUUGAUUUAUUUUAAUAAAAACUAUAGUUAA